AUCGGAAAUGGUUUCACUUUCUUCUCUGAACAAACCCCUACUCAGAAUAGUACGGAAAGCAUAUAGACCUACGCUUCAAUUGGCUUAUUCGACACGGCGGUCGUGUUCGCCAUUGUCUGCUGCGUAUAGUCAUGGUCCAGAACCUUCAGGAUAUAGACCCAGAUCAUUCACGGGUUACCAUUUUAGAAGCUUUUGUUCCUGUACCUCUUCUCCACUCAAUACAGGAUCUAAAGGGCCAACGGCCAUCGAUUACCGUUCGCUACUGGAGGAAGAUGAGUAUCACAGGUUGGCUAGUUUAACUAUCCAUCACCUUCUUGAGAAGUUGGAGGAAUAUGGUGAUUUAGUAGAUAUUGAUGGUUUUGAUGUUGACUAUGGGAAUGAGGUUCUGACCUUGAAGCUUGGAAGAUUGGGAACCUAUGUAAUAAACAAACAAACGCCUAAUAGGCAAAUAUGGAUCUCAUCACCAGUAAGUGGUCCGUCAAGGUUUGAUUGGGACCAGAAAUCUGAAGCUUGGAUUUAUAGGCGAACUGAAGAAACCUUGUUCAAUGUCAUAGAGACUGAACUGGAAAAACUUUGUGGGGCACCCAUCAAACUCGGAUGACUUACUCUUGGAGUCUUCGAGUAGUAUCAUUAAUCUCCAAGUUAUAGAUAUGCAAAGGAUGUAGAAAUGCCAAAGAGCUUAAAUGUUCCUAAACUCAAGUGGUUUCUCCUAAGGGAGCUCUAUCUUUUUCAUUUGCAUUUUUUUGCUAUCUUUUGCUACUGUAUAAUAUCUUAUUUUCUCAUUUGCACUAUAAUGGGAUGGAUCUCCCUUUCUCAUUUUUUUUCUUCAUGCAUGCUUGCAUUACUGAUUUGAGUGAUUUCACUCCAUCAUAUGGAUUACACAUUAUGUUUCGUACCAGCACAUUGACUAUAUUAAACAUUUCAUUUGUUUCUUAUUAAC